CUGAUAUCCUGAACAACCAAAUCGAUUCUGUCGGGAGAUUGCCAGGCGCGGUAGAGCUCCGGCCAAAUACUGAGUACUUGUACCAUUCAAGCUGUUCACCGUUUAGUCGAUAGAAGGUUUCUUACCGACCGGAGGGACUACAUUGCAGUUCUGACUGCGUUUUACAAGGCGGAUUAGAACAUUUAAUUAAGAAGCCUUCCACUACAACAUGUAACAGGUGGGAAACCAAGUAGCGACGUGAGCGUUGAUUGGUCACCAAGAAGUGGACAAGGCCCUACAAAUAGCAAAAAGACCUGUCGGGCACUAGCGGUGGCGACUUUCCUCGUUGAAUGACAGGCUGGGAAAGAGAGAGCUCGUGUACCGGGCAUUGGAGAACGAUUAAAAAUGAUCAUGACAUCGAAGGACGAUCAGGGUGCUGCAACAUGAAGAUUCAAACCUACUGGUGAGUCAGAUGAGAUACUACCUUUAUUUCUGAUUCAUUCGGACCAUUGAACUACAGGAGAUUCGCCUUCCUUUCGCAAGAGUUUCACUGAAAACCUUUGAACCCUCGUGACAGCACGGGUGUUCUACUAACUCUUGAUUCGCUAACGUAGCAGUGACGAAGGAGAAUCCUCCUGAAAAUUACCCCCAUAGUUUCAUAGAGACGACGGAAAAACCGCGAAACAUGGCGACGACUGGAAAGUACCAUUUUGACGAGAGGUUCAUCACUUCUGUGGCAACACGAUUCAACAAAAGUGUGGAGCAGGUGGAAAAAGACCUUCUGUCGCGAUUCAACCUGACAUGGCAACCGAAGAUUGAGAACCUCCCUGCUUCCUUCACGGUGACGGUCUGUGUUCUCUACGCCAUCAUUUUCGUCAUGUCCCUAAUAGGAAACAGUAUGGUCAUCUACGCCGUAGCGAGUAACCGCAAAAUGCGGUCCAUAACAAACGUGUUCUUGGUGUCCCUCGCGGUCAGCGAUCUCCUCAUCACAGUGGUCAGCAUGCCGUGGAGCGUGCUGCACGCUCUGGACGACCACGCCUGGAACUUCGGGGACUUCAUGUGCCGGGUGCCGCAGUUCGUGCAGGUGGUGUCCGUGACGGCGAGCCUGAUGACGCUGACGUGCAUCGCCGUGGACAGGUACAUCGCCAUCCUGCACCCGCUCAACUCCGGCGUGCGCUUCUCCAUCCUGCGGGUGUCUCUCACCCUCCUCUCCGUCUGGGUGGUCGCCAUCACCUUCGGCAUCCCUCUCCUCGUCUUCAUCGACAUCGUCACGCGAAACAAACGGAGUCCCAUCCCAAACCCUCACAAUAUAGAACUCUUCAAGCUCAUAUAUUACGAGAUUGAAUGGAAGGUCUGUACCGAAGCUUGGCCCAACCCGAAUGACCAUUUCGUCUAUUCGAUGUGCUUUCUGAUCGUACUGUACACGAUGCCGCUAGUCGUCAUGACCUGUCUGUACGGUCGCGUCGCCCACUAUCUCUGGGUACGGCAGCCUAUCGGAGACAACUUGGCGCAGCCCCGGAACGCUGUUGCUUGGGAGCAGUCCCGGAAAACCAGGCGGGUCAUCCGCAUGUUGGUGUCCAUCGUCGGGUCCUUCGCCAUCUGCUGGGGUCCGUUCUUCGUCAUCCAGGUGGUGAAGACGGCGUACAUCCCCACCGUGAUGAUCCAGCUCCUCGCGCACGUCAACUGCGCCGUCAACCCCAUCAUCUACGCGCUGCUGAGCGAGAAGUUCCGCGACAACCUGCGGUGCUGCUCGGCCUGUAUCAAACUCAGGCAGCGCCGCAGUCGCAUGAGCCUCCUCAACACCGCCAACACCGAGGAAGUCGACAUGAGGACGCGCUCUUCCUCCAUCAACGCCAGGCAACACGCGACGUGGGGGCGACACAGGACCUCCCAGCCGCACACAGCCAACCCUAAUCUCAGCGACAUCCACGUGUCCACGUUCUCGACAGGUGAGAUCCCGCCGAUCAUCGACUCCUUUAGGUCCAGUUACCCGAAGCUGCCGGCCAUUCAGCCCGGACAUAUGCCCGUGUACAUCGGGCCUCACACAGGCAUGGUCAAGGAGAUGAACGACACGCCAACAUAACUAUACAUACUGACGAUUCCCAGGCCUACUUGGUAUUCAAUGUACGAAAAUUGGCGUGAAUUAAGACCACAACGUCAAUGCAGAGGCAGAGACUGGGAAGAAAUAAAAAAGGUCAGAUCGUUGAGCAAGAGCAAGGAGGUUAUACUGUGUACAGUUAGGACAUGAUGAUCGGACAAGGGCUGUUUUGCAUGUAUAGAUCCUGUGGAUGCCGAAAAAGUUAAGUAAACUGUAAAUAACCUUUAAUACAUUCCAACAAUCAUUGGUAAGUUUUCUUGUCAAGUUAAUGUAAAUCGACAAACAUUUCUUUGCAGUUGUUUAUGUGUGAUUGUGCAAAUAUCAGAUUGGAUUUAAUUUGAUUUGAUUUGCAGUGAAAGUAUUAAGUAUUGAGGUUAACGUUACGCUUAAAGUGUACCUGUAGCUUUUUUAUUGUUUUUGUAAUGUACAUGUGACUUAUAGAAAGGGAAGUUUUCUGCUAUAUGGCUCUCAAGUCAGCUAUGAGAUAAGUGUCACUUAGCCAUUCAGAAAUUCAUCAUUUGGUGCUCUACAUUUAACGUAUGGCCAAGUUUAGUUUGUACUUGAAUGCUAUCGAGUCCAUUAGAUGUCACUACACUCAGACCUAGUUAAACACAAAGUACAAACAGUGCUGUUUGUGCAGAUUGAUAAAUUACGUACAAUCUGUUCAGGUGACAAGUUGUAUUGGUACAAAUUAUGCACUUAACAAAAGAAGGUUAAACAAGGGAAAUGUAGUAAUGUUAGCUUAUCAACUGUUGUGGGGAUGCAGGAGCGGCGAUUGACAGCACAGUUAAUAUGAAGAAAAAAGAAAAGCGGAAAUAUGAGUAGUUCGUAUACAGUUGUCUGGUGAUUUACUUGAUAAAUCGUUUUGGAUGCAACACUCUCUUCAGCAAACUUCAACAUUGAAAUGCGUAUGCUAUGUAUGUUAUAGUGUAUAUGGCAAACAGCGCAUUCAAACAAAAUCUUAACAUUUACAUUUUACGUGUCACACUUCAUACGGAAAAUUUACAUUUGCUAAUGUGACAUCACUGUAACGUUGCCUGUUUGAUUCUAUAUCAUUACAAAUUGGCAAGAAGAAAAAGCCACCCCCAUAUAUCAAGUGGUAAUUCUGGUAAUCACACUAGAAUUUAUACAUGUACUUGAGGACGAAAUGUGGAAAUAAAAUACAAUACAGUGC